CAUAAACACAAACUCACUUCAUUCUGGUAUCUACCCAUACAUUCCCCCCCCCGCAUACCCACAACACACUGAUCUCAACCUGUCUAGUUGCCAGUUGGUUAUAGUCCCGGAUCAUCUAAUCCAUUAUCAUUCAUUCCCCUUCUGCAGCAGUCUCCAAUCACUUCGUGCCUGUGUGCUGCUGUCUUGCUCCCACUCCCUUUUUUCCCCCUUCAUUUCAUACUUGUACACCGUCAUCCCGCCUUGUCAUCCGUCUAAUUGCUCUACCUACUUGUAUUUUUUUCAAGAUACCCCAGUUGUGCUUUCGAUUGGUCGCCAAGACUCUUUGCAUAUCAUUGCCCUUGCCUUGCCUCUAUCUUUUCUCAUUAUAUCGCUGUCCGCUUUCUCGCUUAUCAUUUCUGCGUACACACAGCGCCUGCAUCUUCGUCUAAUUUGGAUCCUUGACAAUGGCCACUGCCCCGAGGAUUCUCGUCUAUCUGCUCCGUCGCGACUUGCGCGUCUCUGAUAAUCCAGUCUUCCACGAGAUAUCACGCCUGUCAUCACAAGCCUCGCCGCCAUUCACGCACAUCUUACCAGUCUAUGUCUACUCUGCCAAUCAGAUCGAGGUUUCGGGGUUCUUGAGGUCGCGUGACUCCAAAUCGCCGUAUCCCGAGGCAAGAGCUCAAAAUAGUGGCUUUUGGCGGACGGGCUAUCAUCGAGCGAAAUUUGUGUCCCAGAGUGUUUGGGAUGUGAAAGGCACGCUUGGCCAGCUUGGAAGUGGUUUGGUUAUUCGUGUUGGCAAGUACGUGGAUGUUGUUCGAGAUAUCCUGCAGCAUUAUUCAGAUGGCGGCGAGAAGGGCGAGAUCGUGGGAGUGUGGAUGACGGAAGACACAGGUUCCGAAGAGAAGGCGCAAGAAAGAGCUGUGAGAAAAGAGACUGAGAAGCAUGGAAAGGAAUUCAAACUGUGGCUUGACGAGAAGUACUUUGUCGACCAUCGCGAUCUUCCUUUCGAUAUUUCGAAUAUUAUAGACUUACCGGAUGUGUACACGACCUUUCGAAAAUCUGUCGAGCCUCUGCGGGAGCGACCUCGACCGACUCAUCCACUACCUGAGAAGUUACCCCCUCUUCCAGCUUCAAUUCCGUCGCAAUUCGAGCCCUUUGCAAUUCCAGAUGGCGAAGAGGCUCUGCAAGAAGCCCUCCUCUCUCCUCUGAUUUCCAAGCCAGACAUUCCAAAUCCGCCUUCUUGGCCAUCAAAUGUAGGGUCCGCUCACCCCUUUGCUGGUGGCGAGACCAAAGGCCAGAAACGCUUGCAUCAUCUCCUCAAGUCUGGCGCAGCAUCUGCCUACAAGGACACUCGCAACGGACUUCUCGGUGAGGACUUUAGCACCAAGCUUUCGGCGUACCUCUCCAUAGGUUGUCUUUCUGCACGCCAAGUGCAUGCCGCCAUGCUACAAUUCGAAGAUGGCACACCACCUGUACUCCCAUUCUUUCCCUCUGAAGAAACUGACUGGCCAUCCGUCCCCGGCUGGGCCGGAGGCGAAAACAAAGGCACAGCCGCCAUCCGCUUCGAACUCCUCUGGCGCGACUACAUGCGCCUAUGUGCCCAAAAAUUCAACACCGCACUCUUCACCAUCCACGGCUUCCGCGGCUCCAAGCUCUCGCGCGCAAACGCAGAAGCCGGCGCCGAUCUCCAGCCCUAUUCAAACCCGCAAACCAAGAAAGAAUGGCACUACCUCUCGCACAGCGGGCCCGGCAGCUCGCCAGAAAUCACCCGCCGCAAGCUCAUCCGCUUCAUUCGCGGCGAGACAGGCAUCGGCCUCAUCGACGCCAGCCAGCGCGAACUCAUCCACACGGGCUACACCUCCAACCGUGCCCGCCAGAAUGUCGCCUCUUUCCUCUCCUCCCACCUCAAUAUCGACUGGCGGCUUGGCGCGGAAUGGUACGAGGCCAUGCUCGUCGACUACGACGUCGGCAGCAACUGGGGUAAUUGGCAGUACGUCGCCGGCGUCGGCAACGACCCGCGCCUCGGCCGCGUCUUCAACCCGGUCAAGCAAGCCCUCGACUACGACGCCCGGGGCGAGUACGUGCGCGCCUGGGUCGACGAGCUGCGCGGCGUCGACAUUGCUGCUGAACCAAGCCAAUCGGCGAAAAACGGCACUCCCGCCAAGGACAAGACCGAUGACGUCGAUCCCGAGAAGCUCAUGGGCGUGUACCAGGCGUGGCGGCUGCGUGACGCGGAGAAGGCACGGCUCGGGCUGGAUAAGCUGGAGUGGGUGCAGCAUCCGCUCACGCGGAUUAACUUUAGUGUUGCCGGUAAGGGCCGAUUUCCGGCCGGUCGUGGGGGUGGGAAUAGGGGGGGCCGUGGGGGUGGUGGUGGGAGGGGAACGUGGAAUGCGAGGGGACGGGGAGACAGGGGUCGGAGAAGGGGGAAUAUGGAUAGGGCGAAUUUGGCGGGUGGAGGUGGGACACAGGAUGUUUUGCCGGAGAGCUGAGGUGGUGAAUGGAUGGUGGAGGCGGUAAUUUGCAUGGUUGGAUUUCUGUAUGAUAUGGAUCUGGAUGUAAGAGAGUUGGUAAUGUCUAGGCGAGACGUGCUUGGUCACGUUAUUGUUGUUGUUGUCAAGAGUAUGAAGUGGUCACUGACAAUCUACUGCUUUGUCUUCAUGUGAUGGCGUCAAGCAAGGUAUACGACGACGAAGCACUUAUAUUGAUUCAGAUUACAAAACUGUUAGGGCUAGUGAGUCUAUGAACAUGCAUAAGGCUACAUGACACAGAAGGAGAAAUAUAAUGCCAAUCC